AUGGGUCUCUGGGCAUCUGGACACGCCCAUGCCAGCUCCGGCACAGCCCUGCCCAGCCCGCCGCACUGCCCAGCCCGCCACACUGCCCAACAGGCCGCACUGCCCAGCCCGCCACACUGCCCAGCCCGCCGCACUGCCCAACAGGCCGCACUGCCCAACAGGCCGCACUGCCCAGCCCGCCGCACUGCCCAACAGGCCGCACUGCCCAACAGGCUGCACUGCCCAGCCCACCACACUGCCCAGCCCGCCGCACUGCCCAACAGGCCGCACUGCCCAACAGGCCGCACUGCCCAGCCCGCCGCACUGCCCAGCCCGCCGCACUGCCCAACAGGCCGCACUGCCCAGCCCGCCGCACUGCCCAACAGGCCGCACUGCCCAGCCCGCCGCACUGCCCAGCCCGCCACACUGCCCAGCCCGCCGCACUGCCCAGCCCGCCACACUGCCCAGCCCGCCGCACUGCCCAGCCUGCCACACUGCCCAGCCCGCCGCACUGCCCAGCCCGCCGCACUGCCCAGCCCGCCGCACUGCCCAGCCCACCGCACUGCCCAGCCUGCCACACUGCCCAGCCCGCCACACUGCCCAGCCCGCCGCACUGCCCAACAUGCCACACUGCCCAACAGGCCGCACUGCCCAGCCUGCCACACUGCCCAGCCCGCCGCACUGCCCAGCCUGCCACACUGCCCAACAUGCCACACUGCCCAACAGGCCGCACUGCCCAGCCCGCCACACUGCCCAACAGGCCGCACUGCCCAGCCCACCACACUGCCCAGCCCGCCGCACUGCCCAGCCCGCCGCACUGCCCAGCCUGCCACACUGCCCAACAUGCCACACUGCCCAACAGGCCGCACUGCCCAGCCCGCCACACUGCCCAACAGGCCGCACUGCCCAGCCCACCACACUGCCCAACAUGCCACACUGCCCAACAGGCCACACUGCCCAGCCCACCACACUGCCCAACAUGCCACACUGCCCAACAGGCCACACUGCCCAGCCCGCCGCACUGCCCAGCCUUCCACACUGCCCAACAUGCCACACUGCCCCACAGGCCGCACUGCCCAGCCCGCCACACUGCCCAACAGGCCGCACUGCCCAGCCCACCACACUGCCCAGCCCGCCGCACUGCCCAGCCCGCCGCACUGUCCAGCCUGCCACACUGCCCAACAGGCCGCACUGCCCAACAGGACGCACUGCCCAGCCUGGCACACUGCCCAGCCCGCCGCACUGCCCAGCUUGCCACACUGCCCAACAGGCCGCACUGCCCAACAGGCCGCACUGCCCAGCCCACCACACUGCCCAGCCCGCCGCACUGCCCAGCCCGCCACACUGCCCAGCCUGCCGCACUGCCCAACAGGCCGCACUGCCCAGCCUGCCACACUGCCCAACAGGCCGCACUGCCCAGCCCGCCACACUGCCCAACAGGCCACACUGCCCAGCCCGCCACACUGCCCAACAGGCCGCACGCCACAGAAAAGCCCCCUCCCUCCCACUGCAUCCGUCUGA